GCAAGCCAGAGGAUGCUGGGUGGAGGGAGGCGGGGGAGAAAGUGAGAAGGCGGGAGGGCAGGGGAUGCAGCCCAGCUAAGGUGAGAAAAGGUAAGGCAGUGGUGGCUGAGAACAGGCCGCACUGAAUGCUAGUAGAAUUAGGUGACCAGGUAGGGAAGAUGGAGUGUUAGUGAAGAAAUAAAUGACUUGUCACAGAAAUAGUGCAGGUCAUAGUGUAGGAGGACAUUUAAUCUGCAGAAGUGUGAAGCCUGUUAGGAGGCUAGGCUGGAGGAUGGAGGGAAAAAAGAGAAACAAGACGCUUGCAACAAGACCAAAAGAAAAAAAAAGGAGAGCCAGAAAAUCAGUAUUAGAGUUUUGUGAGUGUGGAGUGUCCUUUCCUUUCCCUGCCAUGGAUGUAAUGCUGGUUUGGAUUACAUCCAAUCAGAUGAGAGGACCGUGGCCCUUGUCAUAAUGACAAGCAUGACAUCAUGGCAAGGGCUAGCGGAGAGGAGACAGCGGAGAGCUCCAGACAGACGACGGGGCUGCACGCCGGGAUCUGCACGCCGACAAACGCGCACCGGCUGCCGGGUCGAAAGCGCACGGACUACCAGGUGUUGGUGGUUGGUGGCUCGGGGUCGGGGGGGAUACGAACGGAAAGUGCGGGCUGGGUGCCGACGACUGGAGCUCUGCCCCGGACAGGCUGAAGCUCCAUCAGCGGUGGGAGAGAUAGACACGAAGGAGGCUGAGCGACAUGGCAACUUGUUUAAUUUCUGCCAAUCAAGACGAGAGGAAGACAACUCCCAAACUGGCAUUCCUGCGGAUGGCCACAUCAAGCCCAAAGUUUGUUGCCUGUUUCCUAAAAAGUGGGGGGAAGAUUUUUCCACCAAAAUACCCAUCAUCCCCAGGUUGAAGCUGGGAGGCCCGGUUGAGGUGUUCCUCUUCAUCCUUUCGUUCACCCAUCUACUCCCCCAUCCGACCGUUCAUCCAUCCAUCCAUCCACCCACCCAUCCUUCUGUUCCUCGCGUGCAGAGUCUGGCUGCCCCAGCUCGAGGAUAUUUGGCCUGCAACAGGUGUUAAGUUGUUGGUCCGCUGUUCCAGCAGAGCCACCCGUGGUGUUGGGGGUCUCACAACAUUUCCUCUGUGUGUCCUCUUGAGCUGAGAUUGCUGCUUUGAGCCAGCAAGGAAACAAAUCGAAAUUUUUCCAGAGGGGAGCAGCGGCUGCUGUAAUCUCCACUGUUCAAUUAGCUGAAGUGACCGGGACGCCACCUACACUUCAUUAGCUGGAAGGCGAAGGUGAUGCUGACGGUAUAACAUCAGGCGAGUACGAGAGAUGGAGAAGAUGCUGACGUUUCCCAAAAAACCCCACACAAACACACACAGACACACACAUACAGGCAGAGAGUAAAUGGGAGUCUUCUGUCAGGAGUGUGAGUCAUUCCCAAGUGUAGAAAACUGAAUUAAAGUGAAUCAGGCUGAACUGAAAUGACCUGAGCUGAAAAGAAGGCUUCAGCUGGACAGCCCUCUGAAGGUGCUGAGGGAAAAAAAAUUAGAUGACAAAUAAUUUGGAAAUAAUGCAGAUGGCACACUGUGGUUUCUCGAGGUGGCCUCGCUAGAUUUCCUGUUCUGCAUUCCCCGUUUUCUUUUUUUCAUUUUCAUAUUUACAUUACAUUCGAUGACAUUUAUUAAACUGUACGUCUCUGGACUCUCAGCAUUUGUAUCCUAUCUGUUUUCGUAUUUGAGCUUGUGCCAUAUCCAUCAAAAGUGUACAUUAGAAAUCUGCGACAUUUCAGUCUGUUCAUUAUUGUGGAAUUAAAUAUUAGACACAGAAUUAGAUUUUUAAAAAUAAAUCUACAGGCUUUUUUAAGCUAGCUGGUGCCAUUUCGUUUCACAUCAUUUGUCUUUCUUUUUAACCACAACUGCACAAAAUUAGUCUUGCUUAAUAUUUUGUAAUGAUGGCAAAUUAUUGUUUUCCAUCUGAGCUUCACACUUGCAUCAAUUAAAGAGUGCUAGGAUGAUCUGCUCUCUAAGCAACUCCAGAUUCAGUGACCUUUACAUUUUGAGUUUAACUGAAACAUGACAAGAAAAAAAAAUAAGUAUGUGUUCGGUGUGAUCGUGUCAGUCAUAAGUUACUUCAUCAUAAGACCCAAGCAGCUGAUUUUGACGUGGUUUACAUGUGGGUUUAAUCACAAACUCUUCUUUUUUAUUGUACCUUCUUGUUCUUGUGCUCCACUGUUUAAAAGAUAAAAUAAAAAAAAAACAUUG